CAAACGUCGACUGCUGAUGACGCAAUUUUCCCACGACAAUCGCAGUGUUUUCGUCCGGCAGCUUUGUUGUGUAAAAGCCUGAAGGCGCGGAUGCUUUGGCAGAUGUGGAGGCUUUGUGGGUCGGUUUCGUCGCGGAGUCGUGCCCGUGAGUUGCUCUCAGAUGGACGCCAGUCGUAAACACGUAAAAGCAGACUGCGAGGCGCUGCUAGCCCGCUUCCAGCAAACGCAGUCGGUCCGCUUCGAGGUGUUUGCCAACAUCUGGAGGGAGAUGAAGUUCAGUCAGAUUUUUAGGGGCAUUGUAAAGCACGAGAAACGGGCAUUCUGUCAUCUGGUCCUGAACACGGCUUACUGCUACUUCUUGCCACCGUUCAGCUUUCAGAUCCGUGUGGGAGGACUUUACCUGCUGUACAGUUUGUAUUAUACCCAAACGGCCUCACCCUCUGAGCAGAUCCAUCUGGCUUUGAAGGACUGGGAAGAGGUGAAGAAGUUUGAGAACAAUGCAAUAGAUGCUCAGCACAUGGAUGCGGUCUACAUCCUUCGACAUUUGAUGUUCUGCAAAGCAUUCCGCUUCACUGCUAUGCCCACUCUGCUCUGCUUUCAGACAAAUAAGGUAAAGGAAAGGUCAGUGUUGCGUGAGGAGUUUAUAGAGCGGGCGUCUCGCCCACAGGAGCUGAUCAGCUCUGGGCUGCUGGAGGAAAUGUCCAACGUCAGUGAUCUGUAUGAAAAUAUGAAAGCUUCAGUCCUUUCUCAGAUGACAACACCAGGCGAUUCUUCAUUUAAUCUGAUCCGUAAGGACCUCGUCUCUCAGCUUAGCGGCACCGUUCAGGAGUUCUACAACUGGCAACGCGAGAAGGAAACAUUUGAUGAAAACGAAAACAGUCAGGAGGACACAUCUCAAAAGGUGUGCUCUAAUAGAGCUGAGCUCCUUGCAUCCAUCAAAUCCAAGGCUUUUGGUGAAGCACCAGAGACAUUGAAGUCGAGGCGACAUCGUCGGGUGGAGAUGAAUUCAACGACUGAGGCGUCUGCAGCGUUGCUUAACCAGGGUUACACCCGGAUAUUAAAACAGUCCCUCAGAAAAAGGACCAGAGAUGCUCUUCUACUUUCAGGUGAUGUUCAGAUGGAAUCAGCAUCACACACUCGGAUCAGUCUCCUCGCCACGCUGGACUCCGCCUCCAAAAAAAUACUAAAAGAAGAGCGCAGUUAGGUGGCGAGGGAGGUGCAGAAGACCUCAGCUGUAUUUUAAUAGGUUCAAAUAACUGAUGUGAAAUUCUGAUGCUGCAUCUUUAUUUGCUCUGACUGUGUCAGAUUGUGUUGUCUGGUUGGGAUCCAGGCCUCACGUCUCCAUCUGAGAUAGCUGUAGAUAGAGCUUCAGGUUCAUCCAGAGGUCUGGAUCCUUAUCCUGUCUCUGUCAUUAUUACUUGUUGUUACAUCCUAUUAAAUGUCAUUUAUAAGAAUUCA